AUGGCCGAUCCACUGUCUAUCAUUGGAACGGCCGGCGCGGUUGCUAACAUCAUCGAUGUAUUGACCAAAACGAUCACCACGGUCUGUGACAUGCGACAAGCAUGGAAAACCGCAGACCUAACGAUUUUGGCAUUCGAGAAUCAGCUCAACCUCCUCAAGUUCUCAUUAUGCGAAAUCCAGAAAUGGGCUGAAUCUAAGGUCGAUGAUCAAUCGCAUCAAUUGGUCCUGCAGGUGGAUAGCUGUGUCACAUGCUGUCGCCUGCUCAUCAGCAAGAUCGAUGGUGAGGUCUCACAACUUGAGAAGACAGAAGCCGGGGAUCUGAUGAUGGGAUCCAAGAUUUCUCUUCUCUUCAAGACCAAAGAUAUGGAGCAGAUCUAA